AUGGCUGCCACACCGUUUUUGAAUUCCUCCGAGAAACCUUUCGGUAUCAGUCAGAUCAGAGCUUACAUUCCCAUUGUGCUCAAUCUUGAUAAAAUGAAUUACGAUGUGUGGAGAGAGAUCUUUGAAACCCAUUGCCUUUCUUUUGGUGUUCUAGAUCACCUUGAUGGCUCCUCUGUCUCUACGCCUGAAACAGAGAAAACUUGGAAAGAGCGGGAUGGUCUCGUUAAGAUGUGGAUCUACGGGACAAUCACCGACUCUCUCGUUGAAACCAUUCUCACUCCAAAAAGCACGGCACGCGAUCUUUGGUGUGCUCUGGAAAACCUGUUCCGUGACAACAAAGAAAACCGCGCCCUGCAACUAGAGAACGAGCUCAGAACUAUCACCAUUGGAGAUCUAUCAGUGCAAGAAUACUGUCGCAAAUUGAAAUCUCUAUCCGAUCUUCUAGCUAACGUCGACUCACCAGUCACUGACCGUCAACUGGUUAUGCAUUGCUUGAAUGGACUAAAUGACAAGUUCGAUGGGAUCCAUAAUGUUAUCCGUCAUCGUAGUCCCUUCCCAAGCUUUCAUACUGCACGUUCGAUGCUCCUUGCUGAAGAAGAGAGACUCACCAAACAACCCAAGCCGGCUGUGUCUCACACCGAGACAACCUCAUCUCCAAACGCCCUAUUUGCUGACAGCAACACCGCCGACUCCCAGUCACGCAACUACACCAGCAACAACAACAACAACAAGGGAAACAACAAUCGCAACAAUCGAAACAACAACCGUGGUGGAGGACGAGGCAAUCGUGGUCGUGGACGGAAUAAUAAUUCUGGCUUCCAGAACUAUGGGUACCCACCGUGGUCCUUUGGUCAACCACAGUGGCCGUAUUCCUACUUCCCAGGCGCGCCACAGAUGAUGCAGUUUCCAGCACCAGUCGCUCCUUUCACACCUCCUCAAUCAACACAACGACAGAACAGCAUCCUCGGGCCCGGGAACAAUUAG